AUGACGUUUGGAACUAUGAUAGAAUGGGGCGGUGUGGUGGCUGUGACGUACUCUGUGGACAACCGGAAGCGGUUGGUGGCUCUCUGGUGGGACAACCUGGGUAGGAUACGUUGGCACCAUGAGCAAGGGAAAGUCCAGCAUUCCGGACAGAUGGACUGACUAUCUACCUCUUGGAAAAAGGAUACCUGGAACACGCUUUAUUGCUUUUAAAGUUCCUCUUAAAAAGAGCUUUGAAUGGAGACUGGCCCCAAAUGAGCGGUUUUCUCCGGUAGAUCUUGUUAAUCAAGUUAGAGAACAGAAUGAAGAACUUGGCUUGAUCAUUGAUUUAACAUACACCACUCGUUACUAUGAGCCAGAGGAGCUACCGGAUAGAUUGAAAUACUGUAAGAUUUUUACAGUUGGACAUGAUGUACCAGAUAACAAGACAGUUUUUAAAUUCAAAAGUGUUGUGAACCAAUUCUUGGUGGAGAACCAACAUAAUGACAAACUGAUUGGUGUUCAUUGCACACAUGGCUUGAAUCGAACUGGUUACCUUGUUUGCAGAUAUCUAAUUGACGAUGAAGGAAUGGAUCCAAACAUGGCAAUAGAAUUGUUCAAUAGGUGCAGAGGGCAUUCUAUGGAGAGGAAAAACUAUAUUGAUGCCCUCAGAACAGGACCUGCCUACAGGAAUCAUCAUGCAGCUGUCUCACAAUGUGGUUGGUUUGAUCAAGGAUAUUGCAGAUCUUCAUACAAUUCUGGUUUUCAAGCUGCUAACUACAGUCCACCAAAUUUACAACAGCUUGCAAUGCAAGAACAAAGGCACUUUCCUGCUGGAAGAGGAAGGGGUAGCCAAAACUCACGUGGCAGAUCUUCUGCCCAGAACCGGAACUUCUUCCCCUGUUACAACGAAGGUCAGACUGUUUUUGGUCCACUGCACCCCUCUGUGCCUGACACUGUCCAGCAAAGAUGGAAAAGCAAAAGUUUCAGAAGGAAUCGCAGUAGAAAAUCUGACAGCGAGUUUUUAAAUUCACCCUACCAGACAUCUUCGCAGGAAUGUAGACACUCAGUUCCAUUGCAAAACUCUCACUAUCCUCUCCAGUAUGGAAGAUAUAGUGCAGACACACAAUUCAGUCAGGACUUCUAUUAAUCAGAACGCAGCCAGCAAGAAUGACACUAAUGGAAAAACCACUCUUACCUGAUCUGUUAUUUACUUGACCAAUGGUAAGUUGCUGGCUGUGUUAAAUCAUGGCCAGCAGACUUCAGGGAUUUUCAGUUGUGAAACCACAGAAUCACUGCUCAUAAUGUAGAUUUGGAAAAUAAUAUUCUAAGUACCUGUUUACAAAUGAAAUAUAGUUGUCCUCAUUCUUGUGAAGCCUUGGGGGCACAUAAGCCUCCUAGUUCCGGAAGCUCCUUUUUGGACAUUAUGCUUGAAAUAUAAUUAUGCUCAAUAAAGAUUAUCUUCCUCUACUGUUUAA